AAAAUAGUGUGCAUUGUAUAAAACCUCGAUACAUUUGCAAUAGAUAUGUACAAAAAAAUUCAUACAUUAAAAAAAAUCAAUCUUUACGUAGCCUUUAGAUCUUUUUCUCCAUAUGUUGCCGUUUUCUGUAGUCUAAACCACGUGAUCACAUCUUUUUAUCAAACGUGUCACGUGACAGACAACCUUCCAUCGAUCCUUUCACUGUUCAGUAUGAGUAGAUAAGUUUGAUAGCAGUUUCUCCGUUUGCCAGGUGAGAACGCCCCUAUCUCAGUCAUAUACCGAUAUACGUGUACAGAUAACUUGUGAACAGUGAAACUUUCUUCUCUUGUGUUCACCUGUCGGGAUAAAUUUGACUUGUGAAAUUCUGCAAUUGUCUUUUAUCAGGGACCGUUAAAACUACUGCCGAAUAGUACAUUGAUAAAACUGAUAUACCACACAUUUUUCCUAAAAAAGAAAAUGAAUAUUUUGACAUAAUCUUGCUUUGACGUUAUGAGUCAAGACUUUGAUGCCGCCGACCAACUUUUUCAAAUCUGUGAUCUAGAUGGUUCUGGUUAUGUCGAUGAAGCAGAACUCGCCCAGAUAUGCAAAGAGCUCCCUGCCGAAGAUCUCCAUGAAAUAUUCCUGGAACUGGACAAAGACCAAGAUGGCCACAUCAGUGUAGAGGAAUUCAGAAGAGGUUUCAAAGAGAUUUAUAACAAUGUAAAGAAACGUCGGCUCUCUAACAAGAACUCGGAGGAGGGGACGCCACAGAACAGCUCGGUGGACGAUGCUGUAUUUGAUGAUUUUGUUGGUUCUCUGGACGAUGGACUGAAGGCGUUGUCUUGCCAGGAGCAGGUCUGUGAGCUGUACCAACAACUCCAUGCCUCUGAUCACUCGGACCUGCUUCAGAACUUUGAAUCCAUUAUCCUCGGCGUGCUGAAAGACGUCCGCUUCUAUCAGGUGGAAAAUGAACGACUCGAGAAGUCCUUCAAAAGAGAAAAAGAACAACAUGAAAGGCAUCUUCGAGAAUUGGAAGAUGAAAUGGACAAAGAGAUUCAAAAACUUGAAGAAGCUUUCAAAGAAAAGGAAGAAGAAAGAAUUGCUACAGAAAAAGCGGAACUCAGGAAAGAGGUGGAAAACGAGAUAAACACGCUACAACAAAAUCUCACGAAAUUACAACAGGACAAAUCUGAUCCGAGAGGGUCUGAAUUAGAGGAACAAGUAAAUAAUGUAAAAAUAAAACUGGAUGAAUUAACAUCGGAAAACAGAAGACUCCGGAGUGAACUGACAGACGCACAUACAAACCUAGCUCUGGUCAGAAGUGAACUGGCUACAGUCAGACAGCAACAUAAAGACAAAUGCCAGGAACUGGGCAUGGAGAAGGAAACAGUAAUGGACUACAUUAAAGAACAAGACAAUUUGACACGACAGCUUCAUCUAUUACAUGACGCCAAUAAACAACUUCAUGACACCAAUGAUGACCUAAGACUUGCCAUCGAAAGCAAACGGAAUAGUCAGAGAACAUCUGUAGCUAGUGCUUCCAGCUCGACUCCAAACACCUUUGGUAAAGACAGAAGAGGAUCCGUGAUGAGUGAAUACUUCCUCGGGAACCGAUCAGGCCCGCCAUCGGUACGAUCUUGCAAUCUCAGUCCUGCGUCAUCCGUUGUAGAGGAGCCUAUAUCUAGACAACUCUCCGUCGGGAACUACUCACCACGCCGUCUUCCCGCCAGGUUGCCUAGAGACGAUACGUGCGAAGAAGAUAACCUAGGCGAUGACAUGGAUAGUGGACAUUCUACGCUGAGGGAACACAAUGAUUUAGACACGGAGUCCGAGGCACACUAUGAUGACGAUCUAUACAGACAUCGAAUGUUCACACCAAAGAUCCAGCCCAACAGACUCAUAGAGGAAACAGAUGAACCCGAAUCUCAUGACGAAACUGAAUCAGAAUCUAUAGUCCCAAACGACAAUAGAUCACUCCAGAUACAAACGCGGCUAGGAACACCAAGUAUCAGGUCUUCCCGCGCAAGUCUCAGAUCACGUGAGAGCAGAAACAGUCGUCUGCGCCGCAUGACAGCAAGCCAGGAGUCUAUUGGUUCUUCAAAAACCUCUCGUGACCCAGAAAGAAUGUAUAAAAUAGUUUUAGCAGGCGAUGCCGCUGUAGGGAAAUCUAGCUUCAUCAUGAGGCUAUGCAAAGGAAAAUUUGUACCAAACCUCAGCUCCACAUUAGGAGUUGACUUUCAAACAAAGUUAUUGGAAGUUGAUGGUAGAACUAUUGCUUUGCAAUUAUGGGAUACAGCAGGACAAGAGAGGUUUAGAAGCAUUGCCAAGUCAUACUUCAGAAGGGCUGAUGGAGUGCUACUGUUAUAUGAUUGUUCUUAUGAGAGAUCGUUUAUGAGUGUUAGAGAAUGGGUGGACUCGAUAGAGGAAGGUGCUCAAAAGAAGGUGCCGAUCAUGUUGUGUGGAAAUAAAACAGAUCUGAGAGACGAAUCUGAAAAACAGGGGAGGAAAGUAGUCAAGUUUGAAGAUGGACAGAGAUUAGCAAGGGAAUUUGAGGGGCUUUUCAUUGAAACUAGUGCUAAAGAUGGAUCUAAUAUUGUGGAUGCUGUAACAGAACUAUCGAGACUUCUCAGCUCUAAUGAAGAUUUAGAAGUGAAAGCCGCGGGGCUUCAACUGCAUGACCCCGACUAUGAUCCCAGUAAACAAACCAACUGUUGUGGGAGAUCGUCUUGAAAUGUUAAACUUCGUAUCUCAGUUGGGAUCUCUUGUAUAAGAUCUUGGGAAUAAGGAUAUUUUUUGAAAUUUUUUGCAGACUAUUAGCAUCGAAUGAAGAUUUAGAAGUUAAAACGUCUGGCCUUCAGCUACAUAGUGGUAACGCGAAGGAAAAAUCUUCAUGCUGUGGAUCUUAAUAUCAACAACAUUUACUUUUAUGUACAUAUAAUAUAUUAAGUGUUAUUUAUAUUUUUCGCAAUUCAAAGAUCACUGCAAGCUUAUAUAUUGUUCUUAAUAAUUUAUCUAGCGUACGGGGGCAUCGCUUUUAAAAUAAAUUGAAUCAUUUUAAAGCCACAACCAAGUUUUACAUCGUAUGUAUGUUGAUUUUUUCCUUAUUUUUUAGGAAUUUAAGUAUAUCUCUUGUACCAAUUCAUAAUGUAGUGCAAUAAUAACAUUUUAAUUAUAUAUUUUAUGCACAAUUUUUUAGGAUCAAUUUUGAGAUUGCGUGAAAUGUAGUGUUCGCUUUCGACAUUUCAUGCAUUUCAACAGGGCACUGAUAAGUCAAUAUUGUAGAAAUAUACGUUUAGCACAUACUUUGCAUUAUUUUUAUUGUUCAAUGCAUUUGUUUUUAAAUUCUGGACAUUUAUGUCUCAUUUUCAAAUGAUUCAAAAGAUCAAUAAUUUACAAUUAAAUACUUACGUAGCAUAUCAUAAUUUAUACAAUAACUCUCCAUCUCUAAAUGAUACUUGCUUUCUAGUCUUAUUUGUUGUUAUAUAUUUGCUGGUAAUUACUUGUUA